AUGGCGCUGGACACCGAAGGCGGGUCCAAACAAUUAAAUAAAAUGAGCUCUGAUGCGCAUAUCUCCAUGGGGAGUAUGCAUGCCCACGUGGAUAAGAACGCACCCGUGGAUGAGGACUGUGCUGCCGGCGUUACCAGAAUUCUAGACACCUGGGUGCCACGGAUCUAUGUCCGCAAGGUUAUUGGAUCCGAAUCAGCUUACUCCAGCAUUGAGGAGUCCAUGGUGGACUAUUUGUGCAAAUUGCACCAAGAGAAUCGCGAGGUACGCGAUAUUAAGCGAAAAGUUGAUCGCAAGCUGGGGACUAUGGCAGUCCGGCCUGGGGAAUUGGCGAAAAUGGCCUACUCAGGUACCAAGGUCGCGUUUAUGUACCCAGAAUUCCUGCGGUAA